AUGCGCGGAUCCGUGCCCUUGCAGUUGACGGGUGCCACGCUGGUGCUGCUGCCGCUGGAGGGGCUGCUGGUGUGGGCCGCACAUGCGCACCCCUCGCAGCUGCGCUGGCUGGCUGACCGAGACCAGACGUAUGCCCUCAGUGGCAUCCUGGAUUGGACCGACGGCCACGGCACCCUGGCAGCCGGCCUGGCGGCCCUGUGGCUGGUGCUGCAGGCGGCGGCGGUGCUGCUGGGAGCCGUGUAUUGCUGCUGGCCCGGCGGCAGGCGGUACAAGCACCCGUGGGAUCGCUACUGGGUGGAAGGGGACGAGGGCAGGGACCCCUUGCUGCCGCCGCGGCCGGCGGGCGAGGCGGAUGCGGCCGGCGGCUACCACACCCCGCCCUCGCGCUUCGGCACGCCGCACUCCUCGCCGGGCGCCCGCCUGCCGCCCGUGCUGGUCAUCGAGCAGCCCAGCGCGCCCAGCGCGCCCAUGGCCUACCCAAUCCUGUAG